CCCUGAGGUUUGACAGCGAGAACCCCUCCCUUUCUCCCCCGUCACUCCUGUCUAGUGUUUUACAUGGAAAGGUAAAGAUGUGAAUUCUCACUGCGGCUUCUGCACUGCCCUGAGAGGAUGCUACAAUACCGAGGCUUGCCACUAAGACUGGCUUAAAAGCUUUUAUGGGAUGGGAACGUCUUAAAUUCAGCAGCAGAUGACUCUUGUUAUUGCAGCACAACAGGUUUCGCCUCAUGGCAGAGCAGCAGCUGGAUAAACAGCAUGAUGUGGGCCUGGGAAGAGACUCUGAUCCUUGGGGAAACUGGUUUCUCAAAACAUAGAUGCUCCCUCGCUUUUCCACUUCUUCACCAGAUCCAAGACGGAUUUCCAGUGGAUAGGCGGUGAGCGCUGGUCUCCAAUAUGAGAUGUGUGUGAGGGACCACAGGUGGUGCUGGGGCCCCAGGCGGGAUGCUGCUGACGGUCGGUCAGUAUGACUCUGCUGGACUUGUGGCUGUCGCGCUCCAUCCCCAUGUGCCUGCUCCUCCAGAGCCUUGUCCUCAUGGCCCUGUGCUUCCCCUCGGCCAGCAUGUGUCCCAAGGGGUGCAUCUGCCAGCGCGCCGACCCCCACCUCCACGGCCUCAACGUCACCUGCAGCCAGUCCCGGCUCAAAGAGAUUCCUCCUGGCCUUCCGGUCGACACCGUCCUCCUGAGGCUGGAUCACAACCAGAUCGGCGCUGUGCCGGACCGCGCCUUCCACGGCCUGAGGCUUUUACGGGAACUCAACCUCUCUCACAAUGCAGUGGAGACUUUGGGGGAAGGUGCUUUCAGUGGCGUGGAAGCAACGUUACAGGUGCUGGACCUUUCCCACAACCGCAUCACUAGCGUACACAAGGAUGCCUUUGCUCGACUCAAGGCCCGUGUCAUUGUGGACGAUAAUCCCUGGCACUGUGACUGCGCCCUCCAACAGGCACUCGGCGGCAUGGCCCAUAACCAUGAGGCGGCCGCCCGUGUCUUGUGCAGGAGCUCGGAGCUUCGUGACCAGGAGGGACGAUCAUUCUUGGCGGUGGACACUGAUCUCUGUAACCUUGCCAAACGGACCACUGACUAUGCCAUGCUGGUGACCAUGUUCGGCUGGUUUGCCAUGGUCAUUUCAUAUGUGGUGUAUUAUGUUCGUCAGAACCAGGAGGAUGCCCGACGCCACCUGGAAUACCUCAAGUCUCUCCCCAGCAAGCCCAAGAAACCUGACGAGGCUGAUGACAUAAGCACUGUUGUCUAACAGUAAUGUACAAAUGACUGUAUUUCACACAAAAAAGAACACCAAAAUAUUCAUGUAAUAGGACCCACAUUUUGAGUGUUUACUGAUUAAAACUUUGAGGUGAUGUGAGGGUUAAAAGUGCUUAGAAAUCCUUCUAUUUUGGAAAAUUUCACGAUAUGAUAUUCCAUUCAUGUAAAACAAGUGGAAGCCACCCAGCCAGUAUUAGUCAUAUACAAACUUUUGUCUUUUCUACACAACCUAAAAAUGCUCACCAAGUUUUGGAAAAUUGAAUCUCAGGUUUAAAUUUUGAUAGCAUGUAAUGGCUUUUUUAGAUGGAAAAAUCUGGGAAAUCUCUAAAAAAAACAUUAAAAAAAAAAAUUUGUAAGGCAUACGAACCUGGACCCUAUUUCGCAGAGCCCAGUGCAUCAUACAGACUACUGUAAGAUGUACCUGGGUUGUUGAUGUUUUGCACAACCAGUGCAACUUGCAUACCCCUUAAA